AUGCCUCAGGAUCUCCCAUGCAACACUGUUUUGCUUAACUUGAAGAGCAAUUCAAUCACGGCACUCAAGAAGGAGUCAUUCUCAUGUCUCGGAAGCUUGGUUGAGCUUCUCCUGUCCAACAACCGCAUUCGCUUAAUCGAGAAAGGAGUUUUCGAGGAUGCAACCCAACUAGAGUACAUUGAACUUGAUUCAAAUUUCCUUCAAAGGAUACCAUACCUUGGUUCCUUACCGGCUCUCCUGAAGCUAUCAGUCACCAGGAAUUCUCUGAAAGAGUGGCAACAGCAGACCCUUCGUGAUCCAUCAGAACAAUUGAUUUAUAUGAAUGUAGAGGCCAAUGGGAUUACUGAAAUCAUCUCCAUGCAAGCCUUACAUAUAAACAUUAACGAUAACGCCAUCGGAUCUUCCAACUCAAGUGUUCUAUCAGGAAACAACAUUUUCGCCCGUAAUAAUAACCUUACAGACUUCAAACAGAUACUGUCUACCAAGAAACAGCAAGGCAUAUGA